CUGAGAGAAAAAGAGAUGGAGUAGGAGAGAGCAUCCGUCCAAAAUCUCACUCACCACCAGCAACGCGCCUCUAACUCAUCCCCUUUCCUCUGUUCUUAACCUCCCCACCCUCUUCCUCCACUCAAAUCCUCUUCUUCUUCCUCCUCUCUCCUCCCCCCUCCUCAACGACGCCGAAACUCAGGAAACCCACACUCAAUGGAGGUUUCGACCAAGCAGCUUCUCCCCAUGCCUCAUCAGCAGGACAACAACUCCCCUUCGUCUUCCACAUCUUCUUCGUCCUCGUCCUCCACCUCCCCGUCUCACCCUCAACACCGUACCCAACCGCACAACCUCCCACCGUCCCCCAGGCCCGUCCCCCGCACCAUCGACACCACUCCCUUCCCCACCACCUUCGUCCAGGCCGACACGUCCUCCUUCAAGCAGGUCGUCCAGAUGCUCACCGGCGCCGAGCAGCCCACCAAGCACGACUCAACAACGACAGCAACCGCGGGCAACAGCGGUAACGCCGGGACCUGUGGUGGCCAGCCGGCAAGCGGGUCGUGCCGGCCAAAGAAGCCGUCUUUCAAGCUGUACGAGCGGCGGAGCAGCCUCAAGAACCUCAAGAUGAUCGCGCCGCUGGCGAUGGGCCCGCCGCCGUCGCCGCGAAGGGUCGCCACGCCGGAGAUCCUCUCACCGAGCGUGCUGGACUUCCCGUCCCUCAAGCUCAGCCCAGUGACGCCGCUCACCGGCGACCCCUUCAACCGCUCGCCGGCGUCGUCAUAUUCCGAGGAGGCCGAGCGCGCGGCCAUCGCCGAGAGGGGGUUCUUCCUCCACCCCUCCCCGAGGGCCGCCGAGCCGCCAUGCCUUCUCCCGCUCUUCCCCGUCACCUCGCCCAAGAUGGCCCCCUCCGCGGCGGCGCCGUCAGAGUGAGCCAAGAUCCCGCCUUUGAUCGUGCGCGCCUCUACUAUGAAAUUAGUAACAUGCAACGAACUACUACCAGCGCUGCUACUCCUCUCGCCAUACUGCACUUUCUUCACAGUUCAUCUAGUUUUGUAAGGUGUUUGCUGUUGUUCUUGA